AUUAUGCAUUUUACAUACAGGUUUUUUGUAAAGUAAAUCUGGUAUUUUACUUAAACAUGACUAAACCCGUUUUUUAAAGUAAACUACACACAGUUUUAAAGUAAAAAAAAAAAAAAAAACACCCUAAAAAUGUACUCUCAGAUAAAGAAAUCUUAUAUCUGAGAUACCAUUUUAACUAUUAAGGAUUGCGGCAUGUUAGCUAUGUUAUAUUUCCCUUAAACAUCUAGAGUAAAUUCCAAUUAAACAGGUCCUGUUAAAUAUUUUAGAGAAUUUAAUUUGAUUAUUUUUCACCCAAACGACGAAUUCUGUGAGUUUCGACUAGGCUUUCAAACGCGUAAGAUAUUUUGACCCCAGCACUUGCCGUAGCGAAAUCCAGUCAUGGCGACUGUCAUCUGACUAAAGUUUUGAUAGGACAAACUUUUUUGAACUGAUGUGUCUCGUACCUCCAACAUUUUUCCCGACGGUAUUGUGUCUGAAUUGAUUUUAAUCGUAUUCAGCAUUAAACGAGAAAGGCGGCCUUCAAGAUGUAAAGGUUUAUGACCGCUUCGUUGACCGGGGCGAAGAUGCAAAGCUGACAGCUUUACGACAGCUAAGCUAGCUACUUUUAACAAGUCUGCUAGCUAAAACUAAAGUUAGUGUCUCGUAGUAUUGUAAUUGUUGUAACGGACAAAAAAAGUGUAAAUAAGUAGACGGAGUGUCUUGUCUUUUUGUCUUAACAUUCCAAGUCACAAUGUGUCGUUUUCUACGGUAUUGUGUCAGCCACUGUCUCCAUGUAGCUAUAACCCGGCUUGGGGAAGUCAACGGAGAGGUGAGCAUGUGGUCGUCGGUCCGGUGGCUCGGCUACCUGUCCGGGCUGAACCUACUCAUGGCUCUGUGUUUGGGUCUAUAUGCGCGGUGGGAGAAAACCGCAGAGUCCACUCUUCUUGUUAUUUUUGUUUUGGCCUUGGUUGUACUAGCGAUAGCAAGUAUACUGUACUACUACUUCAACAUGGAGCGGUUCAGCCUCAGCCUUCUGCACCUGUGGUACGGUUUUUUGUUUGGUUUACUGUGUUUCCUUAACCCACCGGAUCUGGAAAGCGACAUCAAGGAACAGUCGGCCAACUAUCUGCUGCUGGCCAGUGUGAUUCUAAGGACUCUGUGCGCGCUGCUGGAGAGGCUGCUUGGAUGUACAAGGUACCAUCCUGCCUUCCUCACCUCAGCAGAGCGCGUGGAGCUAGUCGGCUUUGCCACAGCCAGCACGGCACUACUAAUACAAAAGUCUCUGAGCGUGAUGGUGCUCGUCGUGGCGCUGGGCACGGUCAUGGUUGCCCUUCGAAUUAAGGCUAUUCUUGCUAUUCCUAACUUGGUGGGCUUUGCGGCUAUCACUGGUGACAUAUUUUUCAAGUCUCUGAACAUUACCACCAACCCGUUCGCCAUCGCUUGUUUCUUCAGCCAGCUCAUUUGCAACCCUCUGCUGGAUUUCUACUUCAGUGGCCUCUCAGUGACCGAGUGCUGGAAGCCUUUUCUGGUGUGGAGAGGUCUGUGGCGCCGCCUGUCCCUCCUGCCUCUGUUGGGGGUGGAGGUGGCCUUCCUCAUUAUUGCUUCCCGGAAACUCACGGACUUGGACCAGUGGUACCUGAUGAUCCCAGGGUUUGUGGUGUGUGUGCUCUUCUGGGCCAUUUGUCACAUGGUGUUUGUCAUUACUGUGUGGGGCUUUCACACCAAGCUCAGCGACUGCCAGAGGUUAUGUUUAUCCCAAGGGCCAGAGGAAAGCAGUCUGGACAAGGUUAUGGCGUCAAAGGGCAUGAGACACUUCUGCCUCAUCUCUGAAAGGCUGGUACUCUUCACACUGGUGUCAACUGUUGCUGUUGCUGCUCUUUGUUGGCAGGCCUCCAGCAGCAUCUUUGUGAGCACAGUUCUGCUCAUUCUGCCCCUGGAGACCCUAUUCCAUGGACUUUUCUACGAGCUUGGGAACAGUCUGGGAGGAACCUGUGUGGGUUACGCAGUGGUCAUCCCCACCAACUACUGCAGCCCUGAUGGCCAGCCCAUGCUGCUGCCUCCAGGCCAGGUGCAGCAGCUGAACAGGCGCUCGACGGGCAUGCUGAACAAUGUCCAGCACUUCUUUGCCCACCACUUGAUUGAGAAUUUUGGCUGCGACUAUUCCACAAGCGGGGUGACCCUGGAGGCUCUGCAGGCCAAGAUCAAAUCCUUCUUGGAGCUCCGCACUGCUGAUGGGCCUCGCCACGACACAUACGUGAUCUUCUACAGCGGACACACACACCGCACCGGGGAAUGGGCACUAGCAGGAGGAGAUGUUCUUCGUCUGGAUCAGAUCUUGGAGUUUUGGAGGGAAAAGAACAGCGGCUUUUGUUCGCGCCUCAUCGUGGUACUCGACUGUGACAACUCGUUACCAUGGGUGAAGGAGGUUCGAAGAGUGGAGGGUCUGUAUGUUGCUGUGCAGGGAGCUACACUCGCUAGAGUGACGGACGUUGAACUGCAGGACCCCCCGCAGCUUGGAGACUUCACCUCUCAGUGGGUGGAGUAUAACUGUAACUCCAACAGUCACAUCCAGUGGUCCGAGAGAGACAGGGCUGUUUCUGCAGUCUACGGCAUCUCCAAACACUGGAGCGACUACACGCUGCAUCUGCCCACGGGAAACGACGUCACCGAUCACUGGAGGAUGUACUUCCCCCGGAUAACCUACCCGGUGGUGCAGAUGGCGCUGUGGUGCAGCAGCCUGAACUUGCUGUGGAUCUGCGGCUUCUGCCUGCGAUGUCUCAAAAGAAUCAAACUCAACUGGUUUCCACCUGCCAUACUGGACACUGGGCAAGGUUUCAAACUGGUCAGAUCAUAGAAAUAUAAGCAGAGCAGUUUUUAUUGUUGAAAGUACUUUAUGCAGAAUAUAUAUAUAUAUAUAUAUUUUAUACACUGAAGACGGGCAGCUUUUUGUCACCAACAAGAAUCCCUGUAAGUUACUCCGAAAUUAAUUAGUUACGCCUGAAUUUGUCUUUAAGUUCUAGUUUUUAUAUUCUGUAAAGAUACUUAAGUUAAUGUGUGUAAAAUUUGACUUGAAGGACUUACUUUCAGUCCCUGAAAAACAUAAAAGCAGAUUUUUUAUGCCUGAGCACAAUAUUUGCACAUUUCUACCUUUGUUGUAGUUCCACCUUGAAUCUAUGUGCACUCACACAAUGCCUUCGUUUGUUUUUACAUAUGUUUUUAUAUAUUAAUAUGUCCAAAACUCACUCAGCUGAUCUUUUUAAAUGUAAACCAAAGUGGCUGCAGCACAAUGUCAUC